AGAAUUCGUACGAGCACGAUGAACACGGAGAGUCGCGCCUGAAAGAAAAAGGAUUCAUUUUGACAGAGCGCGAAUCGGAACGAGCCGUGGGGGGACUGUGGUGUGUCGCGUAGACUCGGGCGCGCGCUUGCGAACGCGCCCAUCGCGCGUCCAACAUGGCUACCACCAGCAACACGACGACAAGCGCCGGCGAAACGAGUGGCAGUAACGUGCCGCAGUGGAAAAGAGACUUGAUUCAGCGUCGUAGGCAACAGAACAAAGUUCUCGCGAGUAACGGAGCCAGUGUGAAGCUAUGUUCGGCGGUAAUCGGUUCGUCGGCUACGACAACGGGCGGGACAACGGAAUUGCUCGAUCCGACCGGUGGUAUUCAAGAACAGUGCAUAACCGGUAAUGUGUCAUCGAGAACGCGGACGGCAAGCAGCGGAGAGGACAGUGCGAACAUGGUGAAUAGCUCGAGUGCUAACGGUGGUAGUGGUGGAAGCGCCAUAGCUGGUGUCGUUGUAUCUUCCUCGCCGUUUUUCUCGAGAGGACCGGCGUGUGGCGCCAUCGUCAGCAGCGGAACGACCGCCGCCACCGACGUUGGCUCGACAGUCGCGUGCAACAUGCGUCUCGAGGUGGAUCUCUCGUUCUGCUCCGACUCGGAGGAUGUUGCCAACGAUAUGCUGAGCAAGUCUUCCACGGACAUAGAACGAAAAUCGGAACACGGUGACAACUUGGAGAUGGAGGAGUCGAAGCAGGAGGGGAAAGGAACGGAUUUAUUGGGAAACUGCGAAGAGCAUCGAGGCUGUCGAACGAACAAAGUGGAAAGGGACCUUCUGGCGGAUUUAUCGAAAACGAAAAGCGGCAAAAUGGAGACGGAAAUGGCGAGGAAUCGUGCGACGAGUGACGACGGAGAAAGCGAUAGUUCGGAGGAGCUGCAGUACGGGCCGGGAAUAGUGAAUAAACUGAAGAGCAAGUACCUUAACCUCACUCUUAAGGAGAUGAACAAGAGUCGCGUCUCGGUGCAACGUUUCAGACGCGCGGCGAGCCUGGAGGAUCUGCUGGACUGUGACGACGAACCUGGUGAGAAAAGCGCGAGGAAAUACACGAAAAGGACGACGACCGGCGCUGCUGCGAAAACAGACAGGUACAGAAACGCUUGCCGCGGUAACGAAUCGAUGAAACGAGCUCGCAGCGUGGAGACUCUGAUGAGGUACAACGGCACGGACGAAGUCGGCAGUACUCAUGGCGUAUCGGGCCGCGUGACCAGCAACGGUUUGAAACAGGAACCGAUCAACGAUCACAUUAUCCUGAUCGAUCGGACGACGGUGAAAAUAGAGAGCCGUCUGGGCGAGUUGGACAGGCCGAAGGCGGUGAACAAGCCGAAGAGGAUCAAACCGUUGCUGGCGGAGACGGAAAGGCCACCGCCGGAUCUAGUCAAGACCACGAUGAGGAUCUUCGAGGGGUCGGCGAAGAAGCUGAAACCAAAAGGCGAGGUGGCUGCGAAAGUGGCCACGUUCAAAACCAUCAACGACACGUUCAAGGCCCAGGCGCAGAAGAAGGUAGGGCCCAAACCACCGAUCCAACCUAAACCGUUUGUGAACGGCAAUUCCAGGGCACCCGGUUCCCCGAAGAAAAUCGUGCUGCCGCAGAAACCGACGGCCGAGCUGAUCGAGACGCAAGAUGAGUAUCACAUAGACGGAGUGAUCACGGAUCCCAUAGUGCAGUCGGUGUCGUCGGUGGUCAGCAAGUUCCAGCAAAUCGAGAAGUCGCAUUCCCCGUCCCCGUCGCCCGAGCCAUCCUUCAAAUUGAAAUUCUCGCCCGCGCCCAGUCCCGAGCCUCAAUUAAGUAAAUUAAAAUCCUCUCUGGAGAUCAGCGUCAAGUCACCGCCCGUAACGCCCGUUCUUUCCCCCAGAAUUUCCUCGCCCAGGUUGCAGAGCCCUUCGUCCCCGAUGAAGGACACGCUCAGGCAGAGUUCGCCGCGCGUGCACAGCCCUCCGUCACCGAUGAAGGAUCUGCCGAGGCAAAAUUCCAGCCCCGUCCACAAGCCACCGCCGAGUCCCAGCAGGGAGCUGCUUAGACAAAUGUCCAUGCCCGAACCUGGCAAGCUGCUGUCACGGCCGCAGCCCGUCGAAGAGAACGCCAACAUCGUCAGCGUGGAACAUCCGAGACAACAGCAACCUUCCGAGAGGAUACACAGUCCCACGGAACGAGAGAAACCCGAGGAGAACAAGUUACCGUCGCCCGCGGAGAAUCACAGCGACGAUGAGCUCACGGAGGACGUCGACGGGCCAAGGACCAUCUCGAAGACCGCGUUGGAGAACAUCGCGAGGACCGGUGUCACGAUGCAGUUCAGUUUUAGCGAUAAACCCAUCAGCAACAAGAGUUACUUGCCCGGAUUCAAGCAGAACGGCCAGAAGCCCAUGGACGAGCAUCAAGCGGAUAUUCGAACGGAAACAAAGUCGUCGUCGUCGUCGUCGCCGUUGUUGUUAGAAUCUCGAGGCAAGUCGUUUUUGUCCGGUGGUUCCACGAACGCCGUAACGGAUCAAGACACGGUCUCUAGGCUGCAGGAGAGGCUAGAACCGGAUAAGUGCGACAGAAAGAUCGAAGACAGCAAAGAGGACAUAGACACCAAAGUAAACGUGGAAAACAAACCGAUCGGUGCUAUCUGUAGCCUGGGUCUGAUCAAGUCUUCGACCAACACCUCCUAUCCCCAGGGGAACGAGUCGAAGACCAUAAGAUGCCAAAAAACCGAGUCCCCGCCGCAAAAACAGAUAGGGAUAAUAAGACCGCUGGUGUCUACCAAGACGCAGCAUCCUCAGCAGAAUCUGAGCAAUCGAGAGCUGGAGAAGAAUCUGAUCAAUCGAGUGAAGAGCAUAGAACAGCCCACCAAGGUGGUGGUCAGCUUGAAGAGCGCCGACGAGAUUCAGCCGGCUAAAAAGGCCAACACGGGGGGUACCGGUCUAUGGGAGACGAAGCCGUGGAAUCAGCAGAACAACACCAUGGUGUUCAAUUUCAGUAACCGGAAGGACGUGCCCGAUUAUAUCGAGAACGACGGACUCAUCAUUAAAAAGAAACGGGAGAAGCCGAAGGUCGGUGACGGCGGUAUCAUAGUGUUGGAUGCCACGUUGGACGCGUCUUCGACCGACGACGCCGAGUGGGAGCUUCCCGGUGGUCCACCCUCGCCCUGCGCCGUGUCCUUCUUCAACGACAACGUGCUCAUCAACGGACGUAGCAAUCUCUCGAGGUCACCGAGGAAUCACAAGCAUCGAAUACAAUUCGACGACACGGCUACCCGUACCUUCGAAUAUCCGAGCGAGGCGUCGAUGCUGGAGGGUGAGAGCAGCGUGGAUGGCGAAACUUCCGGUUCCGUCGAGCAAUCAACUCCGAUCAGCAAUAAAACGUCCUCGACCAAUUCGACGACCAGCAUGCCGACCCUACUCGGUGGUGGUGGUGGCCUAGCCAGUUACACUCCUAGCAAAGUGGACUUGACGUCCGAAGGGUUCGAGCUGGGCGUGACCAGAGCAGUGUCCUCGGCCCCGUUGACGACCUCGACCUCGACAUCGUCGUCCACGCUGACGACCGCCACGUCGGGCCAGCCGGAGAACGAAACCGAGGUGGAUUACCUGAAACCAGCUCAGGAUGGCGGCGCAUGGGGUUCCGAGACCACCGGCGAUCUUCUCUACUGACGCGACUACUGAAACGAUCCACGGAGAGAGACGCGUGAAGCGGAAAAGUCGCUGGAAGCUCAAAAGCUCUCGUAGGAGGAGAGCGGCAGGGAAUCGCGAAUUCGGAAUAUACUCAGAAGACUAACGGCGAAACGACACGUUUCUUUCCUUUUUUCCGUAGGCGCGAAGGGGAAGAAGGGUCUUCUGUAGAAGAAGAAUCGAACGGUCGCUAAGAAUAUGUUUCUUCGAGCGCCAACGUGACGAUUGCUCACCGUAUGAAUUAUAAGAGAACUGCUACUUUUCGAGAAAUGCAUCACGCGACGCGUUCACGAUCGGAACACGCCUUAAAUAGAUAGUUCGCUGUCGUAAGAACUGCGCGCAAUAACUUUUACCGAUCCAGGAAACGAAUCAAAAGCCAGGGGGAAGCGGGAGAAAAACGAUCGGAGAACGCGUCGAGGCAGAGGCAAUACUUUCUUAGGUAAUUAAGCGAAAAGACAGUAUCAUUCCAAGUAUAUGCAUUUACUUUGUAUUACUACGAUAACGAAGUGAACAGACUUUUUCCCUAAGUAACGUGUAAUUAAAACUGCCAAGGUACGUCAGUGCUUUUCUGUUUUCGAUGGCACUUUAAAAACGGAGAGCCCGAUGAUCGGUGAAAUCCUUCCGGGGCAGAGAGAAGAGAAAACGAGAAACGAGCAUAUCAACUUUUUGGCACAUUUUAUAACAAACGAAGAGAAGUCGACGAUGGGACUGAACAUUUUGUAACCUUUUUGAGAUUACUUUAACGCUGAGCCGUUUAACGUUCAAGCUGCCAGCCGAAGGCCAGACUUUUGUGAAAAAUUUUAGAGAAAAGAGGGAGAAGAGAAAACACGAUCGAGUGCGAAAAUACAGAUCGAUCGGGGAAAACGAAAGAGAAGAAGAGAACAUUGAAACACGCUCGAUUUUAGAUUUUUGUAAAAGGUUUAGCCAAAGUAGAAUAUAAGUCUACUUAAUAUACUUAAAUAUACGUGUACAAUAAGUCGAAGUUUUGGUCCAGGAAAUAACGCUACGAUUGUAAAUCUCGAGAGGAAAUUCAUUAUUUAUACUAAACGUAUGUUAAAUCAUACCGAUAUCUCUUACGGAUGCUCAAGAUAAGAUGAUAGAUACGUAUUAUGCGAUAUUCUUUCGUUGAGUUUCUUUCGCUUUUCGUUUCUCGCAUUUGGACCAAACAAAAACAAAAAGGAAAUGCUAAUAAUCGAUACGAAAAAUAUGAGGAAAAAAAAAGAAAGAAAGAAAGAGGGAACAUUGAUUUGUUAACGAUGAAUGUUAAUUUUAAGCGAACCAAAUUUUGUACAUACUAAAUUAUUAUCGGUCUCAAAGUUUCGCGAAGUUUAUUAUUAUACAGAAUACGGAACAAUUCGAUUGCUUUGGGAACCGAUUACAUUAUGCGUACUUUUGUUUCUUUUCGUUGUCCGUAUUUGUGUUGGAAGUGUUAAGACGAACGUCGAAUAUUCAAAAUGUUACGUUGAAUCGCGUAAAUGUUUAAAGUAUGAUUGCGGCAGUAUGAUUAACUUUCGACUAAGAUAUAUCGCGUGAUCGCGGACUGAUUCAAGGGUAAACGUGCGAUACGAUAAUAAUUAAUGAUAAAGAUGCAUUUAUACACCGAAGCAACAAUUGUGUUCCAAUUUCCGUCGCUCUACAUUUAGCAGACGCUACGAUAUUCCAGUUCCAACCCGCGUGUCCCGCGGACAUAAUGCUUUUUCAUUUGAUUCCACGUUAUCGUUUGAUCGAUGCUUGAUGGGUCUGUGUCACAGCGUUGCAUUUUACACUGUGAUAUUUUUGUUACUUUCCCUAAUAACGACAUAUAGAAUCGCUUCCGAAUAUUUUAAGGAACCAGUACCGUGUCGACCGCUCAGUUUGUAUUUUCUACAGUACUACGUAACGGAGUGAACGAGAUUACGAUGAACGGAACAUUCCAAAUUCAAAUAUCGUGCAUACUUUUAUGCCUUCAAAACCUGAUCGGUCGAUUGUUUGCGAAUCGAUGUAAUCUCGCUACUCCGGUCGAGGGAACUCCGUAUUAUUUCUGUAAAUUAUCGCUGUACAGUAUGGAAAGGCAUCGUCGUUCAAGUAAAGGAUUAAAGAGGAAAUAGUAUUAUCCUAAGAUUAUUCUUAUUAUUAUUAUUCUUCUUCUUAUGAUUAUUCUCAUUAUUCUUAUUAUUGUUAUUAUCCGAAGCUUGAAUCCACAAUUACCUUAUUGAGUAUACUUACCAGUUAGAAGUAUUGUGUGAUGUAUCGUCUGUGUGUUAUUAAGGUAUUCAAGUAAUAAAAUGAAGCAAGUACGCCCGAAUUAUUAUAUCGUCAAGCCUAUCUUUUUCGCGUGUCUCGUCAG